AUGACAAUCAAAUAUCUCAUUCUGCUCUCGCGGCAGGGCAAAGUGCGUCUAGCCAAAUGGUUCACCACGCUGGCACCCAAGGAAAAGGCAAAGAUAGUCAAGGACGUCUCGCAGCUUGUCCUUGCCCGCCGCACCCGCAUGUGCAACUUUCUCGAGUAUAAGGAUACAAAGGUCGUCUACCGCCGCUACGCCUCGCUCUUCUUCAUCGCCGGAUGCGACGCGACCGACAAUGAGCUGAUUACGCUCGAAAUCGUCCAUCGCUAUGUCGAGCAGAUGGACAAGUACUAUGGCAACGUCUGCGAGCUUGACAUCAUUUUCAACUUCCAAAAGGCUUACUUCAUUCUCGACGAGCUCCUGCUUGCCGGCGAGAUGCAGGAGAGCAGCAAGAAGAACGUACUGCGGUGUAUAGGACAGCAAGACAGCCUCGAGGACAUGGAGUACCUCGACCUGUGCGCCCUCCACGAGGUCAAUCUUGCCCUCAACUUCGACACCCAAGAUACCGCCAUCAUUGGCGGAUGCGAUCUAUGGACUGUAAAGGCAGCUGGGAGUGACAAGAAAUUAUACAAGCGCAUUGAGAAGACGCUGGAAGAGCGACACAAGGACCUGCUAUCAGCGGUUGCGGGGCUGUCAGAGCAGUCCGCUGCGCAAUUCGCUGACCAACUCGACAUUUCCAGAGAUACCCCUUUUGGCACCUUCAGCGAGGCCGCAAACCGUCACACCUUUGCCUAUCUUAUUGCAACGCUCAAUGCGACACACAUUGACUACGACUUUGCAAACACACUGAACCCCGACGAGUUCCGCCGCGAAACCAUGCACAGUUUCAUGCACAAAAUCGAUACGACCAUGUACUACCUGCGGCCCCAGGUGUAUUCGGCCGGGCUCCCCGCAGGCGCCGUCACCCCGCUCGGCUCGCCGAUAUGGAGCCCCCGCUCAUGGCAGCUCGUUGACAGCGAGAUGGAUAUGUCGAGUUGCGAAUACUAUGCCUGGGAGCCGUCAGAUGAUCCUUUUGCCGAUGAUGGUGCAAUCUGGAGUCAUCACUUCUUCCUCUACAACAAGGAGCGCAAGCGAGUCGCCUACUUUUACCUACGUGGUGUAUCGGCACUCUCCAACUCGCCUAGUGUCGCCAUGUCGCUCAUGUCCAAGUUCAAAGCAUCCAAAUACGAAUCUUCAGCCAAUGCGGGCAGCAGGAAGCGUGCCGAGUACUGGCUGGGAGCUCGUGCUAAAAAGGGACUCGAGGCGUAUGGCGAUAGCGAUGAGCUCGACAACAUGGUGAUUGAUCACCCGGGCGAGGUCGUCGAUGCUGAAGAGGAGCAAUACAUCCCUGCGAGAGAAAUGAGCAUGGAUGCCGACUACUACUAUGAGAGCGAGGGAGACAGCGACGUUGAAUCACUCGUUGGCAGGGAGAGGACCGUGAGCAAAGUACGGACAAUGAGUGAGGGUGUUGUGGAGAGGAUGGAGCUCUGA